CUCGCGAGACUGUGUUUGUUGUGGAAGCUGAGUGGGUGGUUGAUGGUAGCUGCGACCAGUUACUGACUCUACAGCAAACCCGCGGUUUUAUAGCUGAUUUUUAGCCCCGUCAAAACAUUGUGUCCAGGUUACUAAACACCAUGGCUGAGACGGACCCGAAGUCGGUGCAGGACCUUACCAAUGUGGUCCAAACUUUGCUGCAACAAAUGCAGGACAAGUUCCAGACCAUGUCGGACCAGAUCAUUGGGAGGAUUGAUGAGAUGAGUACGCGUAUAGAUGACCUGGAGAAAAACAUUGCUGACCUGAUGACCCAGGCUGGUGUUGAAGAGAUCGAGGCAGCGCCAGAAAAGCCUAAAGACAGUCAAGGGUCAUAAUGGAGCCUCCUAAAUAAGACGUCAUGUUGGUCCCAAAUCCAGGAGCAGCAGAGUUUUUCCACUGAAAAGGACUUCUAUUGAUUUGGUGUAAUGUGUGAAAUGCUUUUUUUUGUACAUUGAAUAUUGUGAAACGGUUACAGUUAAGUAAUGACUUGAAAAGCUGAACAUUGUAAGCUAGACUAGUUUAAUAUGCCAUUCAGAACUUUAAACAGAAAUGCAUCUUAUGGAUUUGAUUAAACUGGUCCAACCCCUGAGGUGAAGGUCUAGCUUGUGCUGAGAUCUACAGGCUUCCUGGCCCGGUUCUUCCUGUACAACACUGAGUUUUACAAACAGAACCUUGGGAUGCAUUCCACUUCUAAUAUUCUUCUAUUAACACACGGAAGUUUGUAAUCUAUGCUUAAUAUUUAACUAGUUGUUUAGUGAUGAAGAAAACUUAAUUACAACCAACUUUAAAAGGUG